UCCUUUGCUGCGUGUCAAGUUAGACGUUUGCACCCCAAAAAGUCUUGGCCCCCAAACUUGCUGUGUGUGGCUGCUGCGUGGGUUCAAAUCCCCAACCACUGCCCAGCUUGGGGGACCACAAGGUAACAGGAUGACUCAGUGGUAUGACCUUCAGCAGCUUGACUCUAAAUUCCUGGAGCAGGUUCACCAGCUCUACGAUGACAGUUUUCCCAUGGAAAUUAGACAGUACCUGGCACAGUGGUUAGAAAAGCAAGACUGGGAACAUGCUGCCUAUGAUGUUUCAUUUGCCACUGUCCUUUUCCAUGACCUCCUAUCACAGCUGGAUGAUCAAUAUAGCCGCUUUUCCUUAGAAAAUAAUUUUUUAUUGCAGCACAACAUACGAAAAAGCAAGCGUAAUCUUCAGGAUAAUUUUCAGGAAGAUCCAAUCCAGAUGUCCAUGAUUAUCUAUAGUUGCCUGAAGGAGGAAAGAAAAAUCUUGGAAAACGCCCAGAGAUUUAAUCAGACCCAGGCGGGCAAUGUUCAGAGCACGGUGAUGUUGGACAAACAGAGAGAGCUUGAUGCCAAAGUCAGAACUGUGAAGGACUGUGUUAUGUGCAUAGAACAAGAUAUCAAGACCCUGGAAGACUUACAGGAUGAAUAUGACUUUAAAUGCAAAACCUUUCAGAACAGAGAAAAUGAGACCAACGGUGUAGCCACAAAUGACCAGAAGCAAGAAAAGAUGUUAAUUCAGAAGAUGUUUUUAAUGCUGGAUAAUAAGCGAAAGGAAGUCGUUCACAAGAUCAUAGAGUUAUUGAAUGCCACCGAGAUGACGCAGAAAGCGCUGAUCGGAGAUGAGUUGGUGGAGUGGAAGCGUAGACAGCAGUGUGCCUGCAUCGGAGGUCCCCCUAAUGCCUGCCUCGACCAACUACAGAACUGGUUCACCAUCAUUGCGGAGAGUCUGCAGCAAGUUCGUCAGCAGCUGAAAAAGCUGGAGGAGCUGGAGCAGAAAGUUCCCUAUGAGCAUGACCCAUUUACUAAGAACAAGUCAGUACUGUGGGACCGAACCAUCAGCCUGUUCAAGCAGCUCAUUCAGAGCUCAUUUGUGGUGGAAAGGCAGCCCUGCAUGCCAACUCACCCCCAGAGACCGUUGGUGUUGAAGACUGGGGUGCAGUUCACCGUGAAGUUGAGAUUGUUGGUGAAAUUGCAAGAGCUGAAUUAUAAUUUAAAAGUCAAAGUCUUGUUUGACAAAGAUGUGAAUGAGAAAAAUACAGUAAAAGGAUUUAGAAAGUUCAACAUCUUUGGCACACACACUAAGGUGAUGAACAUGGAGGAGUCCAUCAAUGGAAGUCUGGCAGCUGAGUUUCGACAUCUGCAACUGAAGGAACAGAAAAAUGCGGGCACCAGGACGAAUGAGGGUCCUCUCAUUGUUACUGAGGAGCUGCACUCCCUUAGUUUUGAAACUCAACUAUGCCAGCCUGAUUUGAUCAUUGACCUGGAGACGACCUCCUUGCCUGUUGUGGUGAUCUCCAAUGUCAGCCAACUGCCUAGCGGCUGGGCCUCCAUCCUGUGGUACAACAUGCUGAAUUCGGAAACCAGGAAUCUGUCCUUCUUCCUGAACCCCCCAUGUGCACGCUGGGCCCAACUGUCAGAGGUGCUGAGCUGGCAGUUUUCUUCUGUCACCAAGAGAGGUCUCAACAUGGACCAACUGAACAUGCUGGGAGAGAAACUUCUGGGUCCUAACGCCAGCCCUGAAGGUCUGAUUCCGUGGACAAGGUUCUGUAAGGAGAACAUCAACGAUAAAAAUUUUUCUUUCUGGCUUUGGAUUGAAAGCAUCCUUGAACUCAUUAAGAAGCACUUGCUGUCGCUCUGGAAUGAUGGGUGCAUUGUGGGCUUCAUCAGCAAGGAGGCAGAGCGAGCACUGCUCAAGGACCAGCAGCCAGGGACCUUUCUGCUGCGCUUCAGCGAGAGCUGCCGAGAGGGCGCCAUCACCUUCACAUGGGUGGAACGGUCCCAGAGUGGAGGCGAGCCUUACUUCCAUGCGUCGAACCCUACACCAAAGAAAGAACUUUCUGCUGUGACUUUCCCUGACAUUAUCCGCAAUAGCAAAGUCAUGGCCGCAGAAAGAUAUCCGGAGAAUCCUCUGAAGUAUCUGUAUCCAAACAUCGAUAAAGACCAUGCCUUUGGGAAGUAUUACUCCAGGCCAAAGGAAGCAUCCGAACCAAUGGAGCUUGACGGCCCUAAAGGAACAGGAUACAUCAAGACCGAAUUGAUUUCUGUGUCUGAAGUCCACCCUUCUCGACUGCAGUCCACAGACAACCUUCUCCCCAUGUCUCCUGAGGACUUUGACGAGGUAUCCCGGAUAGUGGGCAAUGUGCCGUUGGACAUGAUGAGUGGAGUCUAGAUCCUGCAUUUUUCUCAACUUCCCUGGCCAGCAUUUUCCAUGUGUUCUCAUCUGUGAUUUCCUCCUGCUACUCUGUUCCUCCACAUCCUGUGUUUCUAGGGAAAUGAAAGAACGGCCAACACAUGUGCUGCAACC